GUAAACUCUUUGCUAGUGAUAAGAAGGGGUCAACCAAAGAUUGGAAGCCUUUCUUUGUCUUUGUUUCGACGGGGCCCGAAUCUCCUUUCACGGGUUCAGGGCGCCCUUCCUUCCGUCGCAUCCCACGCCCCCCACCUGAUGCCACCCUUUUGUCUAUCACCCGCCAAUUCUGCAAUAAGGGAGUUAUGAACAUCAAAGAGGUGGUGACAGAGGAAACCCUUGCCGGGUUGGGGUUUGAGUUUGUUCAGGACGAGCUUCGCCACCAACCCGACCUGCUGAGGGACAUCCCCGGGGGGCAUCAGCCUGACCGGCUGAAGGACAUUCCUGAGGAAGGUCUUGAUUGUGGUCCUUUUGUGGAAUUACAAGAUUCAGGAGAAGAGAUGGACAACGAUCUCCUGCUCGGUCGCUUCACCGCAGGGAGGAAAAGGAAGAGAGAGACGAGGGGUCAGGGCAAACGUUCUUCAUCUCACCACGAGGAGGGUCCUUCUCGAGAGCCGGUCGUAAUUGCGGUGGAGGACCAAGAAGAUGCUACCCAGGAACCGGGUACCAUGGCUGGCCAGUCCCCUCCACACCCCGUGAUGCAGGGUGGCGACCUUGUCGGGUCGUCUCAGGGCACUGCCUUGGGGCGACCUCCAUCACCACCCGAAAUGACCUACGAGGUGGCGACCGAGGGUCGCUCGACGAGGCUCUGCAUCCCUCCCCUGCCCCAAAGCCUAGGGGACGUACAGCUGGAGACUCUUAUCACUCUGCCUGCAGAAGACCAGGCUCGUAUCUCGGCAGGCUCCGAGGAUGACCUUGACAACAUGGUCCUUUUGAGGCUCAGUCAGUGGCCGUCGGUGAAACCGCCGCCACCACCUCCAAACCCUUAUGAAGACUUUAGUGAGGCGUACGAGGCCCUCUCCGCCAACUACCUGCCUGACGGGCGGAUUGACUGGGAUACUCCAUGCCCCCUCCAUUCCCUGCAAUGUAUGGCCUGGGAGAGCUUUCAAGAUGAGCAAUUACCCCUCCUGGAGCAUGAGUGCGCAUACUACGCAAGUCUUGAGCGAUGGACUAGCGGAAGUCGCACCAGUUCGCCGGUGAGGCCUACGGAGGAGUUGUGUUAGGGAAAGAACUGGGUUCUUCCCUACCUCGCCCCGCUUGCCACUCACUUCCCUAGAAGACCCCUAGGCGACCUGAAGUAGCUCGGGCGGCUUCAGGAUCUCCGUCCUCGCCUAGGUGAUGCUGGUUGGGGUUCACAGAGGAGUGAGCCGUCCCCCACCCUUCUUUGGUAGGAGAAGGGCGGUGGGUUUUUGCCGAGGCUGGGGGCGACCACUCCCGUUCCAUGUUGGGGAAGAAAGGUGGUCGUCCUGG